AGGAAGCAUUAUUGCACCACGUGGGAGCGACGCGAAACAGUCGUGCAUCUGUGACUGUGAUCUAUAUAGGUAUACUAACAACACCUGUCCUAGGCAAAGCUGCCCCUUACUAAUAUCAAUCAGGAAUGGACGGAAUGUGCAUCGGUAGCACAAACGGUUCCAUGCCAGCUACACCAGAGGGUACAAACUCGUCAGCUGAGACAAACACGACAGAGGAUACAAACUCCUCGGCUGAUUCAAAUUCGCCGAUUGUUACGACGCCAACGACCAGCGAAGAGAAUGCAUGUGCUCUGCCUGAGCGCUGCCACUUAGACAGCGACAGUACGCAGAGCGAUAUCUUGGAAAUUGUCUUGUCGCCGAGGAAGUCGUUUUGUAAUCUCUCUGAGCAGCCACCAAUCGGUGUCUACUGGGAUAUUGAGAACUGCCAGGUGCCAAAAAACAAGAGCGCCGCCGGAAUCGUCCAGCGUGUCCGCGAUGAAUUCUUCGAGGGUCACCGACAGGUUGAAUUUGUUGUUGUUUGUGAUGUCUGGAAGGAGACUGCACAUGUUUUGAAUGACCUGCAGGAUGCACAGGUGAAUGUGAUUCAUGUCAAAUCAAUUAGCAAAAAUGCAGCUGAUGAGAAGCUGCGGCAAUCACUGCGACAUUUUGGCAAUACGUACAAGGCGCCUGCCACUGUCGUGCUGAUCUCAAGUGAUAUUAAUUUUGCGUCUGAUAUAUCCGAUCUGCGAUACUGCAAGCAAUUGCAUAUUAUUUUAGUUCACAAUAAGAAUGUUUCAAAGGUACUGAAACGCUAUGCGCAUGAGACUUAUUUAUUUACCGAUCUUACGGAUACUUUACCUAUGGUUGCUGUUAAGACGCCUCAGACUGCCGAUAUUUAUGUGAGUAAUUUACCAAAUGGGUACGAGAAGAAGUUGUUGAAGAAUCGGCUCAAAUUUCUUUCGGACAACUGCGGCGGACGUGUUGUUGCGGUUGAUCCGGAAACAGGCACUGCUGUCAUUCGUUGUUCAAGUUUGCACGUCGCAAUCAGGGCCCAGCGGCGGCUCAAUGGCGAAGAUGUCUACGGAAGAAAAAUUGUCGCCAGCGCAACUGAACUUCCGAACGGUUUGAACAAAAGUCAGGGACGUAAAAAUAGCAAAUACUUCUACUCCAACGAUUCCAAUUCAAGGCCCAAUCAGGGUUCUAGUCGUGGGGAUUGGCGUAGUCCGUUGAAUCGGACGCCCGACUCCCAAACAAAUAGCCUCAACUGUGAUCGCUCCUUGCUGCCAGCAAACAAUAGCGUCGAACUGAUUAUUUCUAAUCUCGACACGAAUAUACGUGAUCUCCGCAUGACGCUGUACAAUCACCUGAAGCAAUACGGCACCCUUCAUAGUAUUUCGUUGAACUAUCACGAUGUAAAGCCAUCGGCGGUGGUGAAAGUGGCCAAUCGGCAGGAUGCAGAGUUUAUCAUUUCGAAGAUGCACCGCCAGAAGGUAGGCUCUCGGCGUAUCUCGAUCGCGUACGCCCGACCCAGGGGCGGCGAUGACGAUGAGCUAAAGGAGCGCAUCGUUUACCUGCUGAAAGAGUCUCCCACUAACUCAAUUCCUUUGUACCUGCUUCUUAUUACGCUUGAGACCAAGUACCUGAUGCACGUCUCUUUGCAUGAGAUUACGAAACUGCGCGAUGUCUGUCAGAUUGUCGAGGAAAACGGCGAGCGCCUCGUGACACUCACACCAGAGGUGCUUGCCAAUGUACCGGCAAAUCUACAAAAACCGCAACAGAUGCAUUAUUGCUGCGUGCACUGCCCGAACGGCAUCACAGACAUCACAGUCUGGCAGCCAGACGUGUAUCAGCCACCGUGCGUGAACAUGUCGCUGAAAGAGUUCAGCCGAAAGUUGAAUAAAAUGCUUACAUCACACAUGGGCACGCUGCCAUUGUUGAGCUUUACAAUUUGCUAUAGUUACGAGUUCGGCGAACCGUUGCUCACCAACGGCGUGGACGGUGUACCAUUGGAACAUCUCGUCACUUGCGUUUCCAAUGUCACCAUUAAGUAUGAGAAUGCGAAGAAUAAAGCUAAGUACAUUGUAUGGGAGAUGGCUUUGAAGCCUGAUGACUCCGAAAACUUAAGUUCCUCACCAUUGGCGAGCAGUAUUUAUCUUUUGCGUCGCGAAUUUGUUGAUCUCGUGCACCAUGAGGCAAGAUGCCAGAUACCUUUAGGUAAAUUUGUUCCUGCUUAUCAUCAUCACUUCGGGCGACAGUUGCGUGUUGCCGAUUACGGCUAUACCAAGCUGGACGACUUGCUGCACAGCCCGCAUUUAUCAAAGGUUGUGCAGAUUCUUGGUGAAGGCUCAAAUCGAAUUUUGACCCUCACGCACUCCGCACAGAUGCGGCGCUUCAUCAACGAUCUGCAGCGCGUGCUUAAGACGCAGAUUUCGAAAAGUAUCACUCUGAAGGAGUUCAACGAGAUUUACUUGAGUCUUUUUCGUAAAGAUUUCGCCGCGCAUGAUUACGGACUGUGCUCGAUUGAGGAUCUCCUGGAUGAAAUGCCAGAUCAUGUUAUUACCUUGGAUCGGUCUAGUCAGGAACUUACAAUGGGUAUUCCACGGCGAGCACGUACUUCCGACGAAAUCUUUCGCACCAAACAAUUUUCGGCUGAUGUGGUAAAACUCUUGUCACAUUCGCCGAACAACUCGAUUCUUUUCGACAAAUUUGUCCCGCACUAUCAUCAUCACUUUGGAUACCAGUGCAAGGUGUCUGAUUAUGGGUUCACGAAGUUGAUUGAAUUGUUUGAGGCGAUUCCGGAGACGGUGAAGGUGGAAGAGUUGCCAAAUUGCAAUCGCCGAAUCAGCCUCACUGCCGAGCAGUCUCUGAAUUUGCUCGGCAAUCGCCUUGUUGAUUUGAUCAAGAAGUCUUCCGGUGGUUAUUUGUUGCUGGACCAACUUGCGCACACCUACAUGCAGGAGUACAAAGUGCCGCUGACUCCACAGCUAUACAACUGCUGCGAAGUCAAGGACGUCAUUGAUAAACUGACCGAAUUUGUCACACUUACGCACAGCCAUACCGGCCAAAUUCUCACGAUUGCCGUGAAUUCUGUGAUUCCCGUACAAAAAAAUGUGUAUUCUACGUUCGCGCUGCGCGUCUGGAGUCUGCUGGUUACCCCGCCGCAUCAAUGCGAAGCACACAAGCUUAUCUUUCGUUAUUAUAUGCGUUUUCAUACAACUAUUACAAUCGCAUACUUGGAGCAUUUGGAUAAUAUUAUCAUUACUCGCGCAUCCAAUACAGAGAUUACCGUUUCCUUGGUUCCACAUUUUAUUAAAGUUGCUAGAUUCUACCAGUUGUUGCGCGCCCAUGGUGGGCAGAUGCCAUUCAGCCACUUGGGAAGCUGGUAUCAAACCGAAUUUGGUGAGAAACAACCCGAUGAGAAGGCGUACGAAAAGUUCCUCACCGACUGCAGCUUUCUAUACGUGUUGAGCCGCACACGCAAGAAGAGUGUGGUGGCGCUGAAUCCGAAACUUAGCGAAUUGCACCUGCCGUUGACCCAGGAUGCGAACAGCUGCGAUUCGGCACACUCGUUCUGGCCGGCGGAGCCAUCCAGGGCGCUGGUGCAAGCUGCCACGAAAUACUCACCUCCGAAGCCGGAUUCACCGCCCCCGGUCAACGGCAACGAACUGCUUGCAUGGCAACCAUUGCAGCUAACGCCUACUGCCGAUAUGGAGUUUUUUAUCUCGCUCCCACAGCCGGAUGCCCCAAAGAAUCUAUCUUAUUUCAAUACGCUUAUUUCACCAUCGAAGACUCUACUGCCAGCACAUCCAAUGGGCUCAAUAAUCUCAGCCUUUCCUUCCUCACCGGAUGCCAGCGAGCUGCCAAAUCCGGACAAAUUGAUUAAAUCAGUCGUGUGUUCCGAUGAUUCCGGCGAUUCGGGUGUGAACAAUUCGCAUUUUGCGUCCGCUGACGAAAUGGACGUUUCGUAUGAUCAGAAUUCCGGUGCGAGGUCGAAGAAUUCUCGCACAAAUUCCGACUACACCGUGCAGCACCCUUAAAGCUGAGAGCGUGAGCAUGCAUUUCAACUUUACGUUUUCAAAUAAAUCCUCAUUUGUUCUCUUGUUUCACUCAACGUAUUCAAUAUGCAUUGCGGGGUUACAAUGCUGAUAUUUGAACACAGUUCGAGUUAGAUCUAGUGAGGCCACACAUUCUUAAGCAUUUUAUUUAUAAAACCGAAAAAAGAACUGAAGAAAUAAGUUAGGGCUAAGUUAAGAGAAUAAAUUGAUCAACUUGUUCAUAAGUUGAAAGUUGGAAAUGCGACUAGGAUACUCAGAAAGUGAAAACAUUCCAUACGAAUGUGUAGUUAUAUUCAAACUGUGAUGUUUCCUACCAUUAAGUCACCAAAGAUAUAUUUUCACAAAUUGCAAUUAAUUUCAUGUGUGCCAUAAUGAGUAUUCAAAGAUGUAAUUAAUCUCGUUGCGUUUAUUAUCUGCUAAUAAUUUGUAUGUUGUUCGUUAUGUUGUGCUCUUUUAAAAUCUUAUAUUCAUUGAAAUUCUAGCGAUUCUCACAUCUUUUUCAAUGAUUGUCGAUUUUAAAAACAUACAUAAAGAGAAUGAAAUUUUAAUCAUUUGUGCAUUAUUCUGCGUCCGCGUAUGUCAAUCCAGGUUGCCUCUAGGUUGCUGAAAGCAUGCAGAUAAUUAAUUUAGAUACUUGUUACCAAAGUGAAAAAAGCAUAUACGAAUGAGAAUUCUUCAAGAAUUUCAACCCUACUGGGGGUAUUUUAUCUUUUGAGAGACCACCUAGAUUAUUCCACUACUACUAAUUUUAUAUUUAUUCUGACUUCUCAACCCAAAUUUCUUAGAAAUCUAUUACAUUGAAAUAUUUUUUGUUAUUACAUAGCUUGAAAAGUAGAUAUAUACCGCAUAUAUAUUUUAAUACCAAUUUGUUAUAACUGUAAGCUCUUGUAUUAUUAUAGCUAAUAAAGUUUGUACUUUUGGAUAUA